AUGGGAAAGGGGCAGGUUGGAAGGUGGAAAUUGAUUGUCUGGUGGCUGGCCGGAAUGAUGCCUCCAUUAAUUAAUUGUAAGCCUUUGAAUGGAAGAGCUCCACUUGAAGCCAACAUUCAAGACGUUUCACCCGCGGAUGGCGUGCAAUUGCUUCGACAGAAACAGCAAGUUGUAAUGAACAAUGGGAUUGUCAGCCUUACUUUGACGGAUCCAGGUGGUUUUGUGACAGAUAUAAGGUACUGGGAUAUCAUUUGGAACAAGCCAGGAGAAAAGGACAACCUGGACAAGUUGGUAGGGACAAGUUUUAAAGUCAUUGUGCAAAAUACAGAUCAAACAGAGAUUUCAUUCAUAUCAACAUGGGACAAUGGAGUUGCAAAAAGUCCCCUAAAUGUAGACAAAAGAUAUAUAAUGCUUCGUGAUUCGCCUGGAUUUUAUACGUAUACUGUGCUGGAGCGUCUAAAAGGAUGGCCUGCUUUUGACAUCCAAGAAGCAAGAGUUGUGUUCAAGCUUCAAGAAAACAAGUUUAACUACAUGGCUAUGUCGGAUCAUAGGCAAAGGUUCAUGCCAAUGACUGUGGAUCGUCAGACUGGUCAGGUUCUUGAUUAUCCAGAAGCUGUUCUCUUGACGAAUCCAACUAAUCCGACAUUCAAAGGAGAGGUGGACGAUAAGUACUUGUUCUCGUGUGAUAACAAAGACAACAAGGUUCAUGGGUGGGUAAGCAGUGAUCAAGUGCCAAUAGGGUUUUGGACGAUAACACCCAGUAAUGAAUUUCGUACUGGUGGACCAUUGAAACAAGAUCUUACAUCUCAUGUUGCUGCUACUGUGCUUUCCAUGUUUUUUAGUACUCAUUACGCCGGGGAGGAGUCAGCUCCAAAAUUUCAAAGCGAAGAGUACUGGAAAAAGGUUUUUGGUCCUGUUUAUAUCUAUUUUAACUCUGAUGUUAGAGCCAAGAAGAAUCCUUCUGUUCUCUGGGAUGAUGCAAAACAAAGGAUGUUAAAGGAGACUGCUAGCUGGCCAUAUAAUUUUCCUCUUUCAAAUGAUUUUCUUAAAUCCAACCAGAGGGGAGCUGUGAGCGGCCAAUUAUUAGUUCAUGACUGGUUCAUUAACAAGAACCCUGUGGCUGGCGCCUCUGCUUAUGUGGGCUUGGCAGCACCGGGAGCCGCCGGGUCGUGGCAGACAGAAAGCAAGGGUUACCAAUUCUGGACACAAGCAGAUUCCAAGGGGAAUUUUGUCAUUAACAACGUCGUACCUGGGACUUAUAGUUUGUUCGCAUGGGUCCCUGGUACAAUUGGAGAUUACAAAUAUGCUUCUGACAUUACCAUCAAACCAGGAUCUAAUAUCAAGUUAAGAAAUGUAGUAUUUGAGCCUCCAAGGGCAGGUCCAACACUCUGGGAAAUUGGAAUUGCUGAUAGGACAGCUGCAGAAUUUUUCAUUCCAGAUGCGAGCCCAACGAUAAAGACCCAUUCAUACGCAAUUUCUGGCGAAAAGUUUAGAGAAUAUGGACUGUGGACUCGUUACAAGGAUCUAUAUCCUAAGAACGACCUUGUUUACACAAUUGGUCGCAGUGAUUAUAGAAAGGACUGGUUUUUUGCUCAUGUUGCGAGGAAUGCGGGAAAUGGUGUAUUCGAAUCAACCACAUGGCAAAUUCUGUUCGACCUGAGAAAUGUUAACAAGGGAGCAACUUAUACUCUCCAGGUAGCAUUGGCAUCGGCUACCGGGGCUGAAAUGCAGGUGCGCUUUAACAAUCCAAAUUCAGCUGUUCCAGACCUUAGUACGGGACAAAUAGGCAGGGAUAAUGCGAUUGCAAGACAUGGAAUUCAUGGAUUAUACUACUUGUAUAGUAUUGGCAUAGCAGGGAGUCGACUGAUUGAGGGAAGAAACACAAUUUUCUUGACACAGGCAAGAACAGCAGGACCCUUCAUAGGAAUCAUGUUAACUGGUAAAACGAAGGCAUUGCAUUUGAUUCUUCAGACAGGAAAGAAGAUGUGUUGGAAGAGACAACAGGGUUUGCUUUUGGGAUUUCUUCUGCAGCUAAUUGUGCUUACUGAAUGUGCAAUGAGAAUGCAAAGGAUUCAAAAGAACAAUACAGAUGCAGCAUCUUUCCCUCCCGUCCAGUUGCAGAUAUUGGAUAAAUACUUGGUGGUGUAUAAUGGCCUUGUCAAUGCUACUUUGUCUAACCCUGGGGGUAUGAUCACCGGGAUACAGUACAAUGGCAUUGAUAAUUUACUGGAAAGUGAUCGUAAAGAAAACGAUAGAGGGUAUUGGGACGUUGUUUGGAGCAAACCAGAACAUCCCGGCGACAUUUAUGACAAGCUUGAAGGGACUAGUUUCCAGGUUAUUAAGGAAGAUGAAAACCAAGUAGAGCUGUCAUUCAUGAAACCAUGGACUUCUUCAAAUGAAGUACUUCCACUAAAUAUUGACAAAAGGUUUAUAAUGUUGCGUGGCUCUACUGGAUUUUACUUGUAUGCAACUUUUGAGCACCUAGAGGGUUGGCCCGAUAUUAAUUUGUCACAAGGCCGAAUAGCAUUUAAGCUAAACCCCAACUUGUUUCAAUUCAUGGCAGUAUCCGAUGAAAGGCAAAGGAUCAUGCCUACAAGACUAGACCGCGAGAGAGGUCAGAUUCUAGACUACCCAGAAGCAGUUCUCCUGACAGAUCCUGACAAUUCUUUCCUCAGAGGAGAGGUCGAUGACAAGUAUCAAUAUUCAAGUGACCAUAAGGAUUGUCGAGUCCAUGGGUGGAUAUGUACCAACCCGCCCUCUGGAUUUUGGAUAAUCACUCCAAGCAAUGAGUUCAAAACAGCAGGGCCUGUCAAGCAAGACCUCACUUCUCAUGCUGGUCCAAUUGCCCUAUCUAUGUUCUUUAGCACCCAUUAUGCUGGAAGACCUUUAAUGAUAAACUUCCGUGAUGGAGAACCAUGGAAAAAAGUCUUUGGCCCUGUUUUUAUCUACCUAAAUUCUGUUUCUGCUGAUCACAAUCCAUUCACACUUUGGGCAGAUGCUAAAGAACAGAUGCUCAUAGAGACAGAAAGCUGGCCAUAUGAUUUCCCUAUGUCAGAGGACUACCCUUAUGCUGAGAAACGUGGUAUUGUAAUGGGUCGAUUACUAGUUCGUGACAGUUAUAUCAGUCAAAAGCUUAUAAGAGCAAGCUCUGCUUAUAUUGGAUUGGCUCUUCCUGGAGACACUGGUUCUUGGCAAAGAGAAAAUAAGGGCUAUCAAUUCUGGACACAAGCUGAUGACAGGGGAUGCUUCCUAAUUAAGGGUGUUCAAGCCGGGAAUUAUAGUUUGUAUGCUUGGGUCCCUGGAUUUAUUGGUGAUUAUAAAUAUAAUGUGUAUAUAAGCGUCCAACCAGGAAACACAAUUAAAUUGGGUAAUCUUGUAUAUAAUCCUCCAAGAAACGGUCCUACCUUGUGGGAAAUUGGCAUCCCUGAUCGGACUGCUGCUGAGUAUUUUGUGCCUGAUCCAAACCCAAUCCGUUUGAACCAACUAUACGUUGACAAUGGUGAAAAGUUUAGGCAGUACGGUUUAUGGGAUCGCUACACGGAGCUGUAUUAUCAGCGAGAUUUAGUUUAUACAGUUGGUGUCAGCAAUUAUCAGACAGAUUGGUAUUUUGCUCAAGUAAACAGGAAUACAGGAAAUAAAACAUACAUUCCUACCACAUGGCAAAUUUUAUUUGAUCUUGAUUAUAUUGAUGAGAAAGGAGAUUACACGCUUCAACUGGCAUUGGCAUCGGCUACUGAUGCUGAAUUGCAGGUCCGGAUGAACGAUCCAAGUACAAAAGUACCUCAUUUUUCGACAGGUCUGAUAGGCAAAGACAAUUCUAUUGCUAGGCACGGCAUUCAUGGUUUGUACUGGUUAUACAGUAUUUCUGUACCGGGAUCUCUACUGCUUCCUGGAACAAACAAAGUUUUUCUAACUCAAUCAAGAGGUGGGAGCCCUUGGAAGGGAAUCAUGUAUGACUAUAUUCGUCUUGAAGGGUCAUCAACAAAUAUUGAUAAGCGAAGACACAGAAAAGUAUCCACUCCAUUCAGAAAGCAUGUAGCUUCUGCCCUCGAACUUCUUCUUCAAGGUUCUUUUGUUGUUGCAAAAAUGGAGAAGACACGAAGGUUUUUAGUUUUAGGGUUUCUUGCGAUUGUGUUUUCAUUGUUCUUGCAUGUCGAUUCUGCUGCGAAUACCCCAAACAGAAGGACUGAUCAGGAACAGAUGCCGUCUUCUCCAGUCAAACUGAAUAAAUGGAAAGAUCAUGUGAUGUUGGACAACGACAUUGUUAAACUCACAUUACUAUCUCCAAGUGGUUUGAUCGCGGGAAUACAAUACAAAGGAGAUGAGAAUAUCCUCGAAUAUCAUUUCGAAGAAUCUAGACGAGGGUAUUGGGACAUCGUAUGGAGUAUGCCACCAGAGGGCAAAAGUUAUUUCAACAAGCUUGAAGGGACAAGUUUAAAAGUUAUAGUGGAAACAGAAGAUAUGAUCGAAAUUUCAUUCACCAGAACAUGGAAUUCCUCUGAUAGUUACUCAUACCCCUUGAUUGUCGAUAUAAGGUAUAUAAUGUUGCGUGGAAGCUCCGGUUUCUAUUCAUAUGCUAUAAUGGAACAUUUAGAAGGAUGGCCAGAUUUAAAUAUUGAUGAAUCAAGGAUUGCUUUCAAACUUGACGUGGAAACGUUCAAUUACAUGGCUGUAUCAGAUGACAUACAAAGGAUCAUGCCAACAGAUCGUGAUCGUACACUAGGCCAAGUUCUCAACUAUAAAGAAGCUGUUUUGUUGACAAAUCCUGCCAAUCCAUCCCUCAAAGGCGAGGUGGACGACAAGUACCAGUACUCAUAUGACAACAAGGAUAGUUUGGUUCACGGGUGGAUUAGCACUCAACGAGACAUAGGAUUUUGGGUUAUAACACCAAGCAAUGAGUUUCGCGUUGGUGGCCCAGUAAAAAAUGAUCUUACAUCUCAUGUUGGCCCGACCUCCUUAGCUUUAUUUUUCAGUAACCAUUAUGCUGGUCCACAUUUUGGAGUUAGAUUACGCAAUGGAGAGCCGUGGAAGAAAGUCUUCGGGCCUGUUUUUAUAUAUCUCAACUCAGGUUCAAGUAACGAGACAAGUACACUUUGGACAGAUGCUAAAGAACAGAUGCAAAAAGAAACCCAAAAAUGGCCAUAUGAUUUUCCACGUUCAGAAGACUUCCCUUAUGCCAAUCAAAGGGGUACCAUUAGCGGUCGAUUAUUAGUCCAUGACCGGUAUCUUAAUCGAGAAUUCAUGCCUGCAAAAUCAGCAUAUGUGGGAUUGGCUCCACCAGGAGAUGUGGGAUCUUGGCAAACCGACACUAAGGGUUAUCAGUUCUGGAAUCAAACGGAUGAGAAUGGUUACUUCACAAUUGGAGGUGUUCGAGGAGGUACUUACAACUUGAAUGCUUGGGUCCCAGGAGUGAUGGGUGACUACAAAUAUGAAACUGAUAUUGUCAUCAUACCAGGAAGCCAAAAUCCACUAGGCAAUCUUGUAUAUAGACCUCCAAGAAAUGGUCCUACCCUAUGGGAAAUUGGGAUUCCCGAUCGUACUCCCGCUGAGUUCUACGUCCCCGAUCCAGCGCCGCAGUUCAGGAACCGAUUAUUUAUCAACCAAACUCAGAAGUAUCGACAAUACGGAUUGUGGGAUCAAUAUACAGAAUUAUACCCCGAUCAAGAUCUAAUAUACACUGUUGGCACCAGUGAUUACAGACAAGAUUGGUUUUUUGCUCAUGUCAACAGGAGAACAAAUAGUACAUACAUGUCGACGACAUGGCAAGUUUCAUUUGAUUUAACAAAUGUCGAGAGGACACAAACAUAUACAUUCCAGAUAGCACUAGCUUCUGCCACUUAUUCCGAAAUAGAAGUUCGAGUAAAUAAUCCAUUCACACCACGCCCUCACUUUACUACAGGAUUGAUAGGAAGGGAUAAUGCAAUUGCAAGACAUGGACUUCAUGGAUUAUACUCAUUAUAUAGCAUAAGUGUACCGGGAUUUAAACUCGUUCAUGGAAGAAAUAUAAUCUAUCUAAAGCAAUCAAGAGGUGGGUAUCCUUUCAAUGGAAUCAUGUACGACUACCUUCGCUUUGAAGGGCCAGCGGAAGUUAAUCGCUAG